AUGUCUAUAUCCAGCGCCUUUUGCUGCGUUGGUGCGGCCACCACCUGCUACUGGGCGAUCCAGCUGGCUCGGUAUCUCUACUGCUACAUCCGCCCAAGCUCCCUUCCACGCUAUAACCCCACCGGCAAAGACGCUUGGGCUCUCGUAACUGGUGCUACCGGUGGGAUUGGUUUUGGGUUUGCCGAAGAGCUCAGCGAGCGUGGAUUCAACGUCUUCCUGCACGGCCGGAACCGCGAGAAGCUCAAUCGGAGACAGGAAGAGCUCCAGGCGAAGUUCCCGAACAUUAAGUAUAAGAUCGUCGUCUCGGAUGCGGCAGACCUCCACGAGGAUGUCAACUUGAUCCCCAACGAGGUCGGAAAUGCAAACCUUACGGUUCUGGUGAACAAUGUUGGAGGAGAGACCCAGGCAUACCGGGGUUUGACAGAGUUGUCAUAUCAGGAUGUGCGGACUACCAUCAACACCAAUGCCACUUUCAUGACACAGAUUACCCGAGUCUUGCUCCCGGUUCUCGAAAAGAACGGUCCUAGCUUGAUCCUCAACGUUUCUUCGAUUGCGGCCUACGGUAUGCCUUUCGUUCCGGUGUACAGUGGGACAAAGGGAUUCGUCGAGUCUUUCAGCAGAGCUCUCGAUGCAGAGGUGAAGGCGCGUGGACAAGACGUAGAGGUACUUGCAAUUCGAGUGGGAAGUGUGCAAAGUCAGAGCAAUGAUGUUGACGUGGGCUUGCUUGUCCCCGACUCACGGACCAUGGCUGCCGCUUCGUUGGAGCGUGUUGGAUGUGGCCUUCCUCUGAUCUUUGGAUACUGGGGUCAUGCGAUUGCGGGCGUCAGCCUUGAUUUCAUUCCCAGGCCUUUCAUGAUCAAGAUGUUGGCGAAUACCAUGGAUUCCCUGAAGAAGCAGGCUGAAGAGAGGCAAGCGAAGCGGAACUAA